UGAAGCUCUAUAUAAUAUGCUUUUAAAAACAAACGGGAAUCAGUUUCUUCGUUAAAUCGGUUGAGUUAAAAUCAUUAGUAAGAAAAAAUGUAUGCCAAGUAUCUUUUUGUAAUCAUAGCCAUUAUUGGAAAUACGGUAUCUGAAGUUCCUUCGUACAUCCAAAUCUGUGGUCAAAAGAAUCCGAAUUUCGAUGAUUGCGUCAUCAAAAGCAUUGAAAAUUUGAACAAGAAGCUUGUUGAGGGAAUUCCCGAAAUAGACUUAUUGCCAAUAGAGCCGUUUUUGCUCGAUGAUAUGACGAUUAUCGACUUGCCUAAUUUUAAGAUUGUUGGCACGAACGUGAAAUUGUAUCAAUUAUCGACAUUUCGUAUAGAAUAUUUGCAUAUGGACCUCGAGAAAAUGGAAUUGGACAUAAAUUUUUAUUUCGAUAAAAAUGAAAUUAAUGUUGAUUAUAAUAUGACCAUGAAUAUUUUGAUCCCUAUACAAAAAAACGGACAGUUAACUUUGAAAGGGGAAAACAUAAAAUCAAAGGCGAAAUUGUUCUUGGAGAAAAUAGAACGCGAUGGCAAACAAUAUCUCUAUUUCAAAUCGAUAAAUCCAAAUCUGAGCAUUGGAAGCUUGUCUUUCGAAUUCGAUUCGGAUGUUUUCGACUUUUUGAAAGAAGCGCUAACUAAGAUUGAUAAUGAAGAGAUAUUAGAAAUCUUCACACCUAAUAUAGAAAAGGUCAUUUCAAAAAAUUCUCUUGAAUUAUGCAACAAUUUCUGUAAACACUUCACUUUUGAUGAAUUACUCCCCGAUAGAGAAUGA